AAUCUUUGCGCAUGUGCAAACUGAGGAAAUUUUAAUAUAUUUUGUAAUUUUUAUCUCGAGAGGCCCGGGUGGUGGAAUCUCGAAAUGAAACUAGGAAAGACUCGAUCCUGCCUAAUCACCUGUGAUUAAGCCUACAGUUACAUAAUUUUCUCUAUAUGUACCCAAUGUUAGACAGAUUCAUGUUAUUCUGAAAAGAGUGGGAAUGGAAGUUGUAGGAGAAAUUGCGGGCUUGUUAAAGCUCUAUUCAGAUGGCUCUGUGCUGCGACCUGCACAUCCCACCACGCCUGCCUCUUCACAUUUCACACACGGCGUUGCAUCCAAGGACGUCGUUAUAAAUCCGGAAACCGGCGUCUCGGUUCGCAUAUUCUUGCCGGAAACCGCUUCACAAAAACUGCCGGUCCUGAUACAUUUUCAUGGGGGCGGAUUUGUGGGUUGUUCACCAGCCUUUGUAGAAAUCCACACCUUUCUGCAAAGUUUAUGCAAAACCGCCCGUGUAAUAAUCGUAUCGGUAGAUUACAGGCUGGCGCCAGAGCAUCGGCUCCCCGCGGCCUACGAUGACUGCACAGAGGCCGUAGAAUGGAUCCGAAAGCAUGCCGCCGGCAGGGCAGAGACGAGGGAGGAGUGGCUCUUGCCGUCUGUCGCUGAUUUUUCCCGGUGCUUUUUAGCGGGGGAGAGUGCCGGGGCGAACAUCGUUUACCACGUCGGACUGCGAGUUGCUGACGUGGAUGUAAGCCCAUUGUCGGUGAAGGGACUGAUCGCUGUUCACCCUUUCUUUGGGGGCGAGGAGAAGGUCGAGUCGGAGAAAGGCCAAGAGAAGGAGGAGUUUGUGGAGAAGUGCAAAUUUGUUUGGAGAAUAGGUCUGCCUGUGGGGUCCAGCAGAGACCAUCCAUUCUGUAACCCGGCGAUUUCGCCUCUCAAGCCCGGUUUGAAAUUGCAGAGCGUGUUGGUAGUGGUAGGAGGAAAAGAUGGUCAUAAAGAGAGAGGGGUGAUGUGGUAUGAAUAUCUGAGGAGUUGUGGACAAGAGGCGGAAUUGAUGGAGGAGGAAAAUGGAGGCCAUGUUUAUCACAUAAUGCUGCCGGAAUUUGAAGGCACUAAACGUCUUAUCCAUCGUAUUUCCAAUUUCGUUGCUGAACACUAGUUAUUUUUACUUCUAAUAUUCUGAUUUGUCUUAUAGAAUUGGUGAAAGAGGCUCAUUUUUUUCUGUAUGGAAGAGGAUAAAUGCAUUCCAAGCUCCCUGGAACGACUCUGCACCUUACACGUCCCAAAGUUUGAGCCACUUUUAUACAGCUUUAUGAUCGUUCUCCAUGAGAGUUCGGCAGUGAAUGUAGUUUUGUGAUGCACAUUGUUCAUUAAUCAUUGUCUUGUCAGUCACAUCUUCUGUCUCAAUUGCCUGUGCAAUUGAUUCACCAAUUCAAAAUAG